CCUCCACCCAAUAAUAUUGUUCUUGCAAUGGAUUUGUCUAAAGGUGCUCACUAAUAUCUGGCGAGUCAGUGCGCAUCGAGUGAGCUAUGACCAACCCUUCUGUUUUCCACUCCGAAGCUGCGUGUCUGUAUUACGUUUCUCAUGAAACAAACACCUCGCAUCACCUCUUCAAAUCACAUUAUUAUAUCUUUCUAUAUCUAUAGCGCAUAUAUAUAUGUGUGUGUAUGUAUAUAAUUGAAUGAAGAAACUAUUAUUGUUGUUGUUAUUGGAAUAGUUUUUUUGAUUUCCAAACAGAGAUGGCCUUCUCUUCUUGCUUCUGCCAUUCUCAAGUCUCACUCAAGAUUGACCGCUCAUUGUUAACUAUAACCCCUUCCUGUAAUAUUGGGACGGAUCGGAGAUGCACUUUUUCCCUUAAAGGUAUGACCACUGUUCUCUUUGGCCAAAGAGUUCCGGGAUUUGGAGCCAAGUUAAACAAUGACUGGAGUUUCAUGGGAGGAUCACAAGUUACCAUGAGACCAAUCCCUAGAAAAUUCAUUCUUCAUAGCAAAAACUUUGGCGUGUCUGCUUCAUGGUUGGCAAGCUCUCAAAUUGCUAGUAGUGUUUUUACUUUGGGAACAGUAGCUGUUCUUCCAUUCUACACCCUUAUGGUUCUGGCUCCAAAUGCUGAACUGACUAAGAAGUCUAUGGAAAGUAGUAUACCAUAUGUUGUGCUCGGGCUUCUAUAUGCGUAUCUGUUAUACCUCUCUUGGACACCUGAUACUAUGCGUAUGAUGUUCGCAAGUAAAUACUGGCUUCCAGAGUUACCUGGAAUAGCAAAGAUGUUCUCCAAUGAGAUGACAUUAGCUUCUGCAUGGAUUCAUUUGUUGGCUGUGGAUCUCUUUGCUGCAAGGCAGGUUUUCCAUGAUGGACUGGAGAACAGAGUUGAGACCAGGCAUUCGGUUUCUCUUUGCCUGCUUUUUUGUCCCAUUGGAAUUGUUGCUCAUGUAAUCACCAAAGCACUAACCAAAAGUGCUGGAAAUGCAGGACAUGGGAUUUGAUUACAAUUUGUUCAUGAAGAUUACUAACAUUGAAUUUGAAUUGAAUAAAGUAUCAUCAUUUCAGAAAAAUCAUGAGAAUGAUUGACAGUUUGUUCACUGAACAAGCACUGAUCAUUUAGUUCUUUAACUGUUA